AAAGUUUGAUAAUAAGUCCGUUGGCCUAACCCGGAAGUGACUUUCCAACAUGGCCGACUCCACCACGUCAAGUGUCAACACCGGGAAUGUUUCGGCCUCAAAUCCACUGACUAAGAAGUUAAACAAGAUUCUAGAGACACGGCUGGACAAUGAUAAGGACAUGCUCGAGGCCCUCAAGGCACUGUCAACGUUUUUCACGGAAAACAAUUUGCGGAGCAGAAGAAAUCUCCGCAGUGACAUAGAGAGGCGUAGUCUGGCCAUUAACGAAGAGUUCCUGUCCACCUUCCAGAUUGUGAAAGAUCAACUGGACAGUGUUUAUGCAGAUGUGAAAUCAAUGAAUGAAUGCUGUCAAGACAUGACCAGUCGUCUAAAAGCAGCCAAAGCGCAGACCCAUGACCUUAUUAACCAGACUACAAAUCUGCAGACUGAAAGCCAACAGUUGCAGAUGAAGCAACAAGUAGCUGACGAGUUUCUGGCACGGUUUCAACUGAAACCAGAGGAGGUCAGAUCCCUGCGCGGGGCCAAGGCUGGGGCAUUAUCACAGGACUUUUUCCAAUCUUUGGCGAGAGUAAAGCAGAUCCAUAACGACUGCAAAAUACUUCUGCGCACAAACCAUCAAACUGCAGGCCUGGAGAUAAUGGAAUCGAUGGCACUGCACCAGGAGUCCUCGUAUGAACGCCUGUACAGAUGGGCACAGAAUGACUGCCGUGCGCUGACUGGGGAGUCCCCAGACAUCUCCCCCAUCCUGUGCCAGGCCAUGUCUGCGCUCCAGGAUAGGCCUGUUCUCUUCAAGUACACAUUAGAUGAGUUUGGGACAGCCAGACGAACAGCAGUUGUGCGAGGUCUGAUCGAUGCUCUUACACGGGGAGGCCCUGGUGGUACCCCACGGCCUAUCGAGCUUCACUCCCACGACCCGCUCCGCUAUGUAGGCGAUAUGUUGGCAUGGUUACAUCAGGCAACUGCCUCUGAGAAGGAAUAUCUCAACAGUCUUCUCAAGAAAUGUGAACAGAAGAUAAAAAUAGCAAAGAAAAAGUACUUUGAUCCGAGCUCUAGUGACAUUACUGUCUGUGAAGCAACAGAGGACACAAUACAGGACACGCUUGGGCACAUUACUGAGGGUGUUUGCAGGCCUUUCAAGGUGCGUGUGGAGCAGGUGCUUGUCUCAGAGCAGGAUGCAGUCACACUUUACAGACUGAACAACAUUCUGAAGUUCUACCAUCAUACCAUACAACAGAUAGUAAAUCCAGAAGCAGCCUUGCUAGGGACCAUCAUUGAGAUUCAGGACCUGAGUCACCGUAUGUUCUUCAACAGUCUCACCUGUCACGCCAACAAACUCCUAGAUAAGGUAGAGCUUCCCCCAGCUGACCUGGCAGCCACGGCCUCACUUACCCAGACACUUGGCCUGCUGAAAGACGUGCUCCAGUGUCAUGACUCCUCCGUCAUCACUCUCGAAAACAAGAAACAGGACUUCAAACAGAUUCUGUCGUGUGUGCUGGACCCGCUGCUGCAGAUGUGUUCAGUGUCGGCCAGUCGACUCAACACCGUGGACAUGGCCGCGUACAUGGUGAACUGUAUAUGCUUCAUGCAGGCAACCAUUGCCCUGUAUGAGUACACAGACACCAAACAAGAGAUGCUUCAAGCACAGGUUGAUGCACAUAUAGACGCGCUGGUGAGUGAGCAGGCCUCGUUUGUCCUCAACCGAGUAGACCUGGCCCAGAUUUACGGCACCAUACAGCAAUAUCAGCCCAAACAGGGACCCAUAGCCAAUCUACCUGGCCUAGAUCCUAUAACAGUCAAGUCUGCAAUGAACAAGUUUGACAGUUACCUGGCCAGCCCCGACUCCCUGACCCUGUCCCAAUGCAGUCUAAUAACCAGCUCCAAAUACAGGGAGUUGAUCAAGAAGAACUCGAGUGAUCUGAUCUGUCAGGCGUACCGCCUCAUGUACGAGGCCAUCUGUGAUCCCAGGAACGAGUACCGGGAGAGUACCAGUAUUGUCCCGCGCACACCGGACCAAGUUAUUGCCCUGCUCACGUGAUCAACAUGUAUGUGCUGGCAUUCAAACUGUCAUAAAGUGUUUUUUGACAUUGUAGCGUUCAAGCAGAAACGGGGACACUUAUAUGUGAACAACUCAUCAUAGCUGGUGACGUAGAUUGUUGUGAUACAUUGUAUAAUUGUGAUAAUGUUUGGGACUGAUUUCUAAUAUUUAUGGGUUGUUUCCGGACUCUUUAUUUAUCAGGAAAUGUCGGGUUAUAUAUCACUGAAUAGUGUAGUUAUUACUAGAAAUACAGUGUUACUACUGAGAUCACGGAUAUGUAAUUCUAUGUUUUGAUGUUGUUGUAUUUAAGAAAUAAAUUCUUAAAAAUAG